CUGGAUGUGGAAACAGCACAUGCGCGGCUCGAGGUGUCUGAGGAUCGGAAGAGGGUGAGACGGACCGAUACCCGGAGGAGUCUCCCUGACACCGGGAAGAGGUUUACAAUGUAUGCGUGUGUGCUGGGAUCGGAUGGAUUCACAUCGGGGAGACAUUACUGGGAGGUGGAGGUGGCGGGGAGUCGGUACUGGAGUCUGGGAGUCGCCGCUGAGUCUGUGGAGAGGAAGGGAAAGGAACAGCAGUUCACGGAGUCUGGAGUCUGGAGCAUCGGGCGGCAGGUUGACGUGUUUAAUGCACUCACCUCCCCUCAAUUCCCUCUCCCCGCCCGUCCCAUCCCCGGCAGGGUGGGAGUUUAUCUCAGUUACGAGUCCGGGACAGUUUCAUUUUACGACGCGGACACCAAGUCCCAUCUCCACACCUUCACUGGGAAUAAAUUCACGGAGAAACUUUAUCCUUUCUUUGGGCCUUGGGAUGAAGACCAGUGGCUGAGAAUCAGCACCGGUUCCGCUCCGGGUGUGUAAAA